GCAAGCUGACGUAAGGACAUUAGAAGGAAAGGGCUACAUUUCGGAGUGUUUAUGAAAAGCCGCGGUACUGUACUGUCACCAGGGGGCACGCAAUAGAAUGCAUUUCGCCAAACAUUUUGGAUAAUAAUCAUUUACCAACAACAACACACACAAAAAAAGCCCCAGUUCGCCUGGAGCUCGCAGAGCCAGAGAGGAACCAUGCAGCCAAAGUUUGGGAAGCUCUUUAUUAUUUUUCUGACAUUGCGAGCUCGCCCUUGAGGAGCUGUAAUUGCAUUAUCUGAUUUUUUUUUCACCCUUCUCCCCCCUCUUUCCCCCCCUUCCCGCUCCGUCUCUCGACAUUGCAAUUUUUUUGCUUGCGUUUUGGAAGGAGAAGCCGCCAGCUACCUAGCGGCAGGAGCCGCCGCCAGCCCUGCUCGCUUGCCUGGGAGUCCAGUGUUGUUUUGAAGGGAGCUCAGCUAACAUGGCGACGGUGCCCGUCUAUUGCAUCUGCAGGCUGCCCUACGACGUAACCCGCUUCAUGAUCGAGUGCGAUGCCUGCAAGGACUGGUUCCACGGCAGUUGUGUUGGCGUAGAAGAAGAGGAGGCGCCAGAUAUUGACAUCUAUCAUUGUCCGAAUUGUGAGAAAACCCAUGGAAAGUCUACUUUGAAAAAGAAAAGAAAUUGGCAUAAACACGAUACCGGGCAGUCAACAGAGGUCAAACCUGUACAGAAUGGGAGUCAAGUCUUUAUAAAGGAACUUCGAAGUCGAACUUUUCCAAGUGCUGAAGAUGUGGUAGUCAAAGUGACAGGAAGCCAGCUAACAACAGAGUACUUGGAAGAAAAUGGGUUCACAGAACCUAUCCUGGUUCCGAAGAAGGAUGGCUUGGGCUUAGCAGUACCCGCACCUACAUUCUACGUCAGUGACGUUGAAAACUACGUCGGACCAGAAAGAAGUGUUGAUGUCACUGAUGUCACCAAACAGAAAGACUGUAAGAUGAAACUGAAGGAGUUUGUUGAUUACUACUACAGUACCAACAGGAAAAGAGUUCUCAAUGUAACUAACUUGGAAUUUUCAGAUACAAGAAUGUCCAGUUUUGUAGAACCACCAGACAUCGUUAAAAAGCUGUCUUGGGUGGAGAAUUAUUGGCCUGAUGAUGCUCUGCUGGGAAAACCAAAAGUGACCAAGUACUGCCUGAUAUGCGUGAAGGACAGCUACACAGAUUUUCACAUAGACUCUGGAGGGGCAUCGGCUUGGUACCACGUGCUGAAAGGAGAAAAGAUAUUUUAUCUCAUCAAACCGGCCUCUGCAAACAUUUCCCUGUAUGAACGCUGGCAGUCAGCAGCAAAUCACAGUGAGAUGUUUUUUGCAGACCAAGUGGAUAAAUGUUAUAAAUGCACAGUUAAGCAAGGACAAACGCUCUUUAUCCCAUCAGGUUGGAUUUAUGCAACUCUCACACCUGUAGAUUGCCUAGCAUUUGCGGGACAUUUUCUACAUAGCCUAAGUGUUGAAAUGCAGAUGAGAGCGUACGAAGUGGAAAGGCGGUUGAAAAUUGUCAGCCUAACCCAGUUUCCAAACUUUGAAACGGCAUGUUGGUAUAUGGGAAAGCAUCUGCUGGAGACAUUCAAAGGUUUGCACAAAGCUGGGCAGCAGCCUCCUUCUCAUUUAGUCCAAGGGGCAAAAAUUCUUAAUGGUGCUUUCAGGUCGUGGACUAAAAAACAGGCUCUAGCUGACCAUGAGGACGAACUCCCGGAACAUUUUAAACCAGCACAACUUAUCAAGGACCUUGCCAAAGAAAUAAGAUUAAGUGAGAAUGCUUUCAAAGUCAACAAAACAGAAGUGAGUGCCAACGUGAAAGUAGAGGAAAUCUGUCCUGUGGAGAAGCAGGAAGUGCCAUCGCCUGUACCAGUGACUCCCCCUCCACCACCUGUAGAAAAAGUUCCGAAAAAAAAGACUCCAAAAGCUGUGAAAACCCCCAAGCCCCCUAAACCGCCCAAGCCCCCUAAACCUCCCAAACCGCCCAAAACUCCAAAAGUCAAGGGAGAAGGGAAGAAGAAAGGAAAGAAGGUGAAGGAAAGCCCGCCACCGGCCAUUCCAAAUCUGGACCUGCUGGAGGCGCACACGAAAGAGGCUUUGACAAAAAUUGAAACGCCAAAGAAGGGGAAGAACAGUAAACCAGAUUCAUUAUUAAAAAUGGAAGAGGAACACAAAUUGGAAAAGACACCUUUAUCAGGAAAUAAGGACAAUAAAUUUACAUUUUCUUUCUCUAACAAGAAACUGCUGGGUUCCAAGGGAGUCAAAACCCAGUUGAAUCCUGGUGUGUUUGGGUCGCUGCAAAAUUUUAAAGAAGAUAAAACAAAACCUGUGCGAGAUGAAUAUGAGUAUGUAUCAGAUGAUGGCGAACUGAAAAUUGAUGAAUUUCCAAUUAGAAGAAAGAAAAACACUACCAAGAGAGAUUUACCUUUUUUAUCAGAUAAAAAAGAAACGCUACAACACACACCAGUUAAGAAGCCAAAGGUGGAAUCAGUAUUGUAUAAGAGUGAUGAGUCAUCAGAUGAAGAUUCGCUUCACAUUGACACAGAGGCAAAGCCAGGCCGCAACUCCAAAGUGAAGAAAGAGAGUGGAAGUUCGGCAGGAAUUCUAGAUCUUUUGCAGGCGAGCAAGGAAGUUGGGGGGUUAGAGUAUAACACCAACAGUCAGCCACCUGCAUCUCCCAGCACACAGGAAGCAAUCCAAGGAAUGUUAUCAAUGGCAAAUCUCCAGUCUUCUGACUCCUGCCUGCAGACUUCAUGGAGUACCAACCAAGCUAAAAAUAACUCUAUCUCAGCCCAAAACUCAAAAAAAACCGGGAGCAGUAACAACAAAAAUGCAGGCAAGCACUUACUGAAGAAGAGCACAAAAAACAGUAUUGACAUUGAAGACUAUGACGACCAGGACCACUUAGAUGCCUGUUUUAAAGAUUCUGAUUAUGUUUACCCAUCUUUGGAAUCCGACGAAGAUAAUCCAGUGUUCAAAUCACGAUCAAAGAAAAGAAAAAGUUCUGAUGAUGCCCCCUACAGCCCGACAGCAAGAGUUGGUCCCUCAGUACCCCGACAAGACAGACCUGUCCGAGAGGGUACAAGAGUUGCCUCCAUUGAAACUGGACUGGCGGCAGCAGCAGCCAAAUUAUCCCAGCAGGAGGAACAAAAAGGCAAGAAGAAGAAGAAUACCAAAAAGAAGUUGUCCCCCAACAACACAAAUAAACUCUCUCAGGAAGGCAGCUCUCCUGAACCCAAAUUGGAGUCCCAUGCCAGCAGCCUAGCAGAUCACGAAUACACUGCCGGAGCAAGCACGUUUGGGGUCGCCCAAGUAAACAGAGGCUCUCAACCUAUGGCACCUGGAGUUUUCCUCACCCAGAGGAGACCCUCAUCAUCAUCACAGAAUAAUGCAGCUGCCAAAGGAAAACGUACAAAAAAGGGCAUGGCUACCGCAAAACAGAGGCUUGGGAAGAUUUUGAAAAUCCAUCGGAAUGGGAAACUUCUCCUUUAAUAUUUCAAAAACUGGGACUUGAUCAAAGCUCAGUAAUUCCUGAGCAGACACUAACUCUUCAACUCUUGAAGGACUUCAGUAGUAUUGUGCAUCAUCUUAGGGACAAUACCAGUUAACUUUUUGCCACCACUUUAAUAAUUGUUUUUAACUUUCAGCAGUUAAAGUGUACAGAAUACUGCUAUAAAUAUUUUUUAAUAUAGAUGUCCUUUCUCAAAUUGCUGAGAGUGACUAGUUCGCAAAAAGUUAAUGAUAAUCCAAGAAAUUGAGGAUCAUUCCAGUUUUAGGAAAGUAUCCCUUUAACUUGUUCAUAAGUGGAAACCAGUUGUUUUAACAGAAUGAACAUCCAUUUCAGUUACAUUUCGCUUAAAGAAAGAAAAAAAAAACAAGUACUAUCUUUAAAGAGGUAUCUGGUCAAGAAGCAGGAGAUUAAAUUUAAAAAUUCUGCAUUUGUCUGACAAAUAAUAUUAAAAGGUGGGGGACCUUAAGUUUGAUGGCUGGAGACAUUUCCCCAUGCUAUAGCGAAUGCAGAAGAUAGUCUGUAUAAUGUGAAACUUCAUUAUCUCACCCUGAUCAUGAUCUAGAUGUGUUGGAGGAGCCAUUACUGCACUUGGGCACUACUCCAUCCCUCUCAGAUAGCUGCGGGUUGGACAAUACUGGGUGCACGAGGCAGCAUUUGUUAUGCACAGUGGGAGCUGGUUUACUGCUGCGUUCAUAACUGGUUGGGAGUUUUAGCUCUAUGCCUGAGGGCCAGUUUCUUUUGCUAACUGACACACAUGAUGGUACAGUAGCUCGUGUCAGUGUCGAAAUCAAAGCACACAAAGAUGUGUUGCAGAUCUUGCAGUCACUUUAACUGCAGUACAUGAGGUCAAGCUCUGCUUCUUCAUGUGCAGUUUUUGACAUUUAUAUCAAGGCACUUCUUAUGAGAUACACUUACUUUGGGAACGAGGGCUGCAUGCAUCCAGGUGUCAGAUAGUGGGAAAGUUUAGCUUAUUGACAAUUUGACUGGAUACUUUUUUGUCUUUUAACUCUUUUAGUGUUUGGUGUAGAGUGCAUUAUUUUACAUUAAACUGCUUGUCUGCAUAUAAACACUUGAGGGGUUAAAUUUGUUUCUCAGGCAAUCCCGUAUUUUAAUUUUUAGAUGUGUUUACUAAGGCAUAUUUUUCAUAGAAUGUAGCUUGUAAAUAGCUUUUUAAAUAACUUCUUUUUUAUAAAAGUAAAGUAUCUUUAGACAUUUCUUUCUAUAGACUACUUCAUUAACAUUUAUACAAGUCAUUGCUGAGUAUUAUCAGUUGUAUUUUAGUUUGGUUUUAAAAGGGUUGGGUGGAGGUUUUUUUGUUUUGUUUUUGUUUCACUUUCUUGGAGGGGGUGGGGGGUGGAUUUGGGCGUUGCCUGGAAAACAAGUAAAACUUUGUGCAGCCUUAUAAAAUGUCUUAUACAGAAUCAAAUAGUAGAAAAUAAUCUAUUUAAGACACAUUUUGAAGAAUAAUCUUCAACUUUAAUACCAGCUCUUUGUUUUAAUUCUUGUAUUAUGAGGGGAUACAGUUAUUUUACUAGCACCUUGUGAAGUGUUUCUGUGUUUUGUGAUGAUGUAAUUUAUUAAUGUUUGUAGCUUUUUAUAUUUGUACAUUUCUUAUGAGCUUUGUUUAUAUACACAUUACCUGGAUGUGAUGUCCAUGGGGGAAAAAAAACAGCUACAGGAAACAACUGAGGCCUUAUAAACUAACCUUUAUGCUAUUACAGUGGGACAUAGAUUCUGAAUGGUAGGAGUCUGAUAAAGUUAGUUGAAUAGGGCCCCAGAUUUAUGCAGAGCAGGGUUUUUAAGCUUCCCUAGUAUACUGUUCUUGUUGAGCAUUUAUAUACUAUAACCCAGACAUCAUGCUGUUUUUUUAUUAUUAUUUUCGCAACAUGUACAUUUCUAACAAAGUUUAUUGUGGCUAUCUAUUACAGUGUUUUAUUUACUGAUUCAUAUCAAAUGCUCUUGUAUCAAGUCCAUGAAAUCUAAGUAAACUUAGAUCAAAGUUUAAAAAAAAAGUAAAAUA